UAAUUAAAUGUCUUAAUAAAGUGAUUUCGCUCUUGGAUAAAGUGAAAAAGUGCUUUAACAUACUGAAUAAGAAAUUUUGGAUGCAGAUGUUCAUUUAAAUAGGUGAUCUAUCAUAAAUAACUUAGAUUAUUAGUAAAAUCUGUUACUUACACAAGUAUAGGAUUAUUUAAUGGAUCAUUACUUUCCAUUUUCUUCAAAAACAAAGUAGGUGUUAUAGCCUAUUGUUCAGGGAUCGGCUUUGGUUUAGCAUUGCAUGAAUAUAGCAAUGGUCUCUUCGAUAAUGUACGAAGAUAAAUUUGAUAAAAUAAAGAAAUUAUCAUAAAAAAAACAAG